CAUUCACCUUUUCUUGACUCUCACCAGCAAGAACAUUGCCUACUAAUCACAACCACCUUACACAACACAUCACUUCUCCCAACCAACACCGCCCAUCAUGCAUCGCACAUACUCUAUGCGCCAGUCGCGCGCCCCGACCGCGUCGCAAAUCCAGAACCCUCCUCCGCCAUCCUCGUCGACCAAGUCGAACCGCCUGUUCGGUCGCAACAACAUCAGCCACACUUUCCGCAAGUCCGUCCACCCCGGCGCUUUCGGUCCCGAUCUUGCGAAGAAGCUCUCUCAGCUCGUCAAGAUGGAGAAGAACGUCAUGCGAUCAAUGGAGCUCGUUGGCCGUGAGCGUAUGGAGGUUGCUCAACAACUUUCCAUCUGGGGUGAGGGCUGCGAUGACGAUGUCUCUGAUGUCACCGACAAGCUCGGUGUUCUCAUCUACGAGAUCGGUGAGCUCGAGGACCAGUUCGUCGACCGAUACGACCAAUACCGUGUGACCAUCAAGAGCAUCCGUAACAUUGAGGCUUCGGUUCAGCCUUCGCGUGACCGCAAGCAGAAGAUCACCGACCAGAUCGCCCAGCUCAAGUACAAGGAGCCUAACAGCCCCAAGAUUGUCGUCCUCGAGCAAGAGCUUGUCCGUGCCGAGGCCGAGUCCCUCGUCGCCGAGGCCCAGCUUUCCAACAUCACCCGUGAGAAGCUGAAGGCUGCUUUCACCUACCAAUUCGAUGCCCUUCGCGAGCACAGUGAGAAGAUGGCGAUCAUCGCUGGCUUCGGCAAGCACCUUCUCGAGCUCGUCGACGACACCCCCGUCACCCCUGGCGAGACCCGCAAUGCCUACGACGGAUACGAGGCCUCCAAGGCUAUCAUCCAGGACUGCGAGGACGCUCUGACCAACUGGGUUGAGCAGAACGCUGCCGUCAGCUCCAAGCUCUCCACCCGCACCCGCACUCUCUCUCAACGCCGCCGCAACAACGCUGAGGGUCACGACCUCUCCGGCCAAGACCAGGACCGUGAGUCCGGUCACUGGAUCCCCGCCAGCCAGCACCAGAACCAGGAGUACGACGACGAGGAGGAGAUCCGCGGCCGCGAGGAGGAGCGCGUCGCUGCUUAAAUUCCGCCAUAUCAGCUAAGAAAUAUGAGAUGGACGGAGGAAACAAUUUCCUCGGAGAUUUGAAAAGGAAAAAUAAUAAGGGUGUCAUGCCGCUUAUACCCUAGGACAGCCCGCGGCCAUUGACAAGCC